ACCAACUGCCGCCGGCAAAUAAAUGGUAUUUGAUGGACGGUUGUGAUUGACUUCAGCUGGUCGCAGGUGAUUAGAAGAAACCAAAUCGAGGUUGUUUAUUCCUCCAGGCAACGAAUCCGGAAGCGUCCAUGGAAUAUGCUGCACAUUCAGGGCUCUCUCUCUCAACCAGAAAGGGUGUUACUGGUAGGUGAUAUUCUGUGUCGGUCAUAAUUCAAUACAAACCGCGCAGCAUUGGAAUCUCGUGAUUGAUAGGAAUCUUGCCUCUAGCACUUCCUGCUGGUCCUUCAGUGCGUGCUUUCAAUCUUAAUGAUGUUUGUUGCUUCGGGACCAUACUUCUGUGUUUCUUCGCCAAUUUCGACGUUUAAGAUCCUCCAAUAGGAGCAUUGUCUCUCAGCAGUAGAUAGUCUUAUGGCUGAGAAAUUGUCUAUGACCGAGCCUUUGAAGAAAUUAAUAAGAGGUGUUAUUCUUGAUUUGGAUGGCACUUUGCUUAACACAGAUGGCAUCGUAGGCAACGUCUUAAAAGCUUUCCUAGGUAAAUAUGGAAAGCAAUGGGAUGGAAGAGAAGCUCAUAAGAUAGUAGGAAAGACACCAUUUGAAGCGGCUGCCGCAAUAGUGGAAGAUUAUGGUCUUCCUUGCUCAACUAGUGAAUUUCUCUGUGGAAUUUCACCAAUUUUUUCUGAUCAGUGGUGCAACAUCAAAGCACUUCCUGGUGCCAAUCGGCUGAUUAAACAUUUGAGGAAUCAUGGGGUUCCAAUGGCCUUGGCAUCAAACUCUCCAAGGGAAAGCAUAGAAGCCAAAAUAUCUUACCAUGAUGGAUGGAAAAAUUCUUUCUCUGUUAUACUUGGUGGAGAUGAAGUCAGAACUGGGAAACCUUCUCCUGAAAUAUUUCUUGAAGCUGCUAAGAGGUUAAAUGUUGAGCAUUCCAGCUGUCUUGUCAUUGAGGACUCUCUACCUGGUGUUACUGCAGGUAAAGCGGCUGGAAUGGAAGUAAUUGCUGUACCAUCACUUCCUAAACAGUCCCAUCUCUACACUGCUGCAGAUGAGGUGAUCAAUUCGCUGCUUGAUUUACACCUUGAGAAGUGGGGUCUGCCUCCAUUCGAAGAUUGGGUGGAGGGUACUUUGCCAAUAGAUCCUGGGCGUAUUGGUGGUCCUGUUAUCAAGGGAUUUGGUCGUGGCUCAAAAGUACUGGGGAUCCCUACAGCUAAUUUGUCAACUGAAGGCUACUCAGAUCUCCUUAUGGAACAUCCUGCGGGUGUUUAUUUUGGGUGGGCUGGAUUAUCUACAAGAGGUGUUUACAAAAUGGUCAUGAGCAUAGGCUGGAAUCUAUAUUUCAACAACAAGGAAAAGACUAUAGAACCCUGGUUACUUCAUGACUUUAAUGAGGAUUUCUAUGGCGAAGAACUGCGGCUUGUUAUCGUUGGUUAUAUACGUCCUGAGGCCAAUUUUCCAUCCCUUGAAAGCCUGGUGGCUAAGAUUCAUGAAGAUCGCAGAAUUGCUGAAAGAGCCCUUGAUCUUCCCUUGUAUUCAAGUUACAAGAAUGACCCAUAUUUAAGAAGCUCAUAGCGAUGUGGUGCAGGUCAUUCAUUGGCUUCACAAGAUUAAUUCUGUUGAUCUCUUGGGUAAGAAUCCUUUGAGCUCUCAGAUUUUAUUGUCCCAGAAAGCCUGCUAUUUGGGCUAGAAAUACUGAUUUACUCUUAGUUUCAAAACUUCUUUCUUCUUCCCUGUAAACUGACUGACUCAGUCAGAUCAAACUGUUCGAAUGCCAUGCUCAUUAAAUUAUAGAACAUGCAUAUCCAGAAAUAAAUCAAAAUCACUUUAUUUGAAUUCGAUAAUUUGAUUCU